CCGAGAUGGAGAAACUGGUAACGAAACACAAGAAGAUCCCGUCGGCCUUUCUGCCAAAAGCAGCAUUGUCAUCUGUACUAAGUUCCCAGGUAAGCCCACCAAUAAGCCCCGUGGGUAAAGCAUCUUCGUCCUCCAGUUCUACCAUCGUCGUAUCCUUGAUUCCGAAGGACGCUCCGAGGAAGUCCAAGAAUGGAAGCUUCGAUGCACGUGAGCCAGCGUUGCCAAAAGUUUCGUGCAUGGGACAAAUCAAAAGCAAAAAGAAAAAGAAAAAACAAGGUGCUACCAAAUCUAAGGUGGCCUCUGCCUCGCCUCCACCGCAAGCAAUAGUUGCAGAAGAAGUGGAGAAUAAAGGGGCAUUAAUUAAAGAGACAAAGCGUGGUGAUAAAGCUAGUGUUUCCGAUUCCCAGGCGAAGAUUGCAGAAGCUACGAGGGUUCUUUCACUUGGGAUGAUGAAGCAAUUCUCGAGCACACGUGGCUCGUUGUCGGAUUUCGAUUGGGCUUGUGAUGCAGCACCUGGCAUCGUCACCAAUCCUUUGUACGAGGAAAAGGGAGGGAGAAAAGAAAAGGUUAAUGACAAUGGAGUCGUAGUUGAAGAAACAAGAAAAGCAAAGUUGUGGAAUAGAAGAACCACCACACGUCUAACUCCAAUUGUAAACUCUAUUACCGUCCGUGUACUGCGAUUAGUAAUACCGUAA